AUAAAUAAAUAAAUGUUUUAAGUCAACAUCAGAUCUCCCACCCAAAUCAGUGUCCCUUAAAGCUUGAAGGCAGAGCCACAGGAUGAGGAGGAGACUUUAACACAGGAAACAAGGUGUACUUAGGAGGAAAAAUAACUCAGAAGCAUGUCCCCAAAAAGCAGGGGUAGAUGCUGUUGUUACGAAUAUAAGGCAAGGUCCAAGAGGGCAGCAACGAUAGAAAGGAAGCCAUACUUGGGGCCAGGAGAAGUGACGUGUGUCCUUCUGUUAUUUCCCUGCAUUUCCCCUCUGUGCUCAUUGUCACAGGGACAUCGCCCUGAGCUGCACAGUUGGAGGGUGAGCGUGUCCCUGCUGAUCUGAGCUCUGCAGGCCACAGGGACCCACGUCUUCUUGAGGCGUCUCCAGGCCCCGGUGGCACUGUCCAUGGUGAGGACCCCAGGGAGGUGCUGAUGGACGGGCUGAGGAGGAAGGAGACCCCGUGGGGGAGGCUGUGACAGGGAAGGACGUGCCCUGGGUCAUCUCACCUGCAAGGGGCCGCUCAGGAGACUCCGGGAAUAUUUCUUGCUUCGCCAUGGAAACCAGAUGCAGGCCUCUGGGAAGGGAAUGUUCCCCUUUCUGUGGGGCUGCUGACAUAAGAGCCCCGUGACAGCGAUGGCCAGCCUCCCAGGGGCCACACCCUGUGUGUCUGUCUGUUCUUAGGACACUGUGGCCUCCUGCAUCUGCACAGCGGGGUGCAAAGAGAGGAGACGCCAUGACCCCCACGCUCAGGGCCCUGCUCUGCCUCGGGCUGAGUGUGGGCCUCAGGACCCCAGUGCAGGCAGGGCCCCUCCCCAAGCCCCCCGUCUGGGCUGAGCCAGGCGCAGUGAUCCCCCAGGGGAACCCUGUGACCAUCUGGUGUGAGGGGACCCCAGGGGCUGAGGAGUACCUUCUGGAGAAAGAGGGAAGCCCAGCACCAUGGAAAAGACAGAAGCCACAGGAUCCCGGGGACAGGGCCAACUUCUCCAUCCCACACAUGACAGAGUAUGAUGCAAGGACAUAUCGCUGUUACUAUCACAGCCCCACUGGCUGGUCAGAGCGCAGUGACCCCCUGGAGCUGGUGGUGACAGGAUUCUACAGCAAACCCAGGCUCUCAGCCCUGCCCAGCCCUGUCGUGACCUCAGGAGGGAACGUGACCCUCCAGUGUGGCUCAGGGCAGGGAUUUGGCAGGUUCCUUCUGACUAAGGAAGGAGAUCACAGGCUCUCCUGGGCCCUGGACUUACACAUUUACCCCAAUGGCCAGUCCCAGGCCCUGUUCCCUGUGGGCCCCGUGACCUUCAGCCACAGGUGGAUGUUCAGAUGCUAUGGCUGUUCCAGGAACAGCCCCCAUGUGUGCUCACACCCCAGUGACCUCCUGGAGCUCCUGGUCCCAGGAGCAGCCGACACCAUCAGCCCCUCACAGAACAACUCAGACCCCAAGAGUGCCUCCCACUCCCAAGACUACACCGUGGAGAAUGCCAUCCGGAUGGGCGUGGCUGGAUUGGUCCUGGUGGCACUCGGGUUGCUGCUCUUUUGGUCUCGAAAGAACUAGAAACAGACCCAGGAUGCAGCCAGGACGUGAACAUGGAGGGAACAAUGCAUGGUUCAGAGAGGGGGAUCUUGGGAAGGUUCUGGAAGAUAACGUGGGACAUAUGCUGAGGGACCUGCCUGCGGCUCCUUGCAGGUGGAGGAGUCAUCGCUCAUGUGCAGGGACAAGGUCUGGACCUUCUGCCCUUGGACUGUGGUCCUUUCCCUCCCGGCCCCUGUGAGUCCUGUGACUGGUUCUGACUUUCCCCAUUUUGGUGAAAUUAGCAUUUAUCCCACAUGGCAGGUACAGGUCCACACCUCCCUACGCUUGCAUGGAAUAUGUUUUCAUUUAUUUCUAACCACACGGAACUUCAUGUCUGUAUGGAGUCGCCAUCUCCUGAGACCAGAGAAUGCCGUCUAUUGGAAUCAAUCUACAAGGUGCACAAUCCAUCCUGCAAGAGGUAAACCCAUAGGAGGCCCUAACGCCCUCUCUGGACUCCACACGCCCCUCACCUGGCCUCGGAGGCCACCUGUGUACUUUCUGCAGAAACUUCACCCCUUGGGAUGUAGACCUGGUUGUUUGAAGGGGUCGCCUGGUCUGAGCUGCCUCUGAAAACCCUAAUGUCCAAAACACAGUGCAAGACACAGAUGAUGGGUUACAGACGUGCACACUUGAAACCUAUGUCAUGUUAUUCACAGAUGGCACUCCAAUAAAUUUAAUAUAAAAACCCUGAUUCAUGGCUUUUGCCAAUUUCUCUGGUAUACAUGCCCCCUUCAUGGUUAAGGUCAAGUGCCCAUGUAAGGUCCUUACACAGACUUGGGAAGCGAUACACAAACUGACUUUCACAAAACAGUACAAGCCCAUGUGGGACACCUAUAACACCACACUGAUAGCCCCACGGUGCUCCUAAGUCCCUUCUAGCUGAUGUGUAAUGAUGGUUUCUACUUCAAGGUUGGGGCACAGUUUCCAUGAAAACACAAGACCAUGCUCCCAACCCAUCCAGAUGAGAUGCACAAAUGAAUGGUUUACUAUCAGUUGUGGGAGAGAAUCGUGAGUCCAUAGAAUCCUACGGCAUUACUAGUAGGAGUGCCAAUUAUAUUCAUCAAUU